AUGUCUCGCCGUUUUGUUCGUGUUUAUAGAAGAAAAAAGAAACAGCAACAGCAACAGUCAUUUUACCUUUCGACGACCAGCUUAAAAACUAAUAUGGCAGGUGGCAUCGGACAAUGGUAUUGGAAUGCAGCUCCCAAUCCAUUUGGUAAAGAUCAACCAGCUCAGUGGAUUGCAUAUAGUUCAAACGAUAAUAAAACGAUUGAAGACAGUUUUAUAAAAAAAGCCACCAAAGUUGAACUCGAGAAUCAUUGCAUAUACUUUCAUGAACGUAUGCAAGUACACAAACAAGAUUUCAACAGACAAAGACCCAUUAAACGAGAAGAAAAAAAAUAA